AUGGGUGCGGAAGAUUAUCCCUAUGUGGUCGAUAUAGAUGGAGUAGCUAAAGCUUCUAUUAUUAAGCUCAAAUUAGUUUCCGGAAAAUUUCUGGCGGACCGCUUUGUGACCGGCAUUUGCCCAUUUUGUGCGUAUGACGACGCACGCGGCGAUCAGUGUGACAGUUGUGGUCGUCUUAUCAACGCUGUUGAGCUGAAAAGCCCUAAAUGCCACAUCUGUAAACAAGAGCCGAAGGUGCGGCAGUCCACGCACAUAUUUCUGCAUCUGGAUGCGCUACAGGACGACGUUCGGCAGUAUGUGGAAAAGGAAAUUGCAAAGCCAAAUACGCGAUGGUCUUCGAACGCCAUAGCCAUUGUGAAAGGAUGGAUCAAGGGCGGAUUGGAGAAAAGGUGUAUCACUCGUGAUCUAAAAUGGGGAACGGCUGUACCACUUGCUGGUUUUGAGAACAAGGUGUUCUACGUGUGGUACGACGCGCCCAUUGGGUAUCUUUCAAUUACAAAAUGUCUUGUAGGCGAUAAUUGGACAAAGUGGUGGAAGAAUCCGGAAGAAGUUGAGCUAUUCAACUUUAUUGGAAAGGAUAAUGUUGCUUUUCACGGUGUAAUGUUUCCUUGUACCCAACUCGGUGCUCGUGAUAACUAUACAAUUGUCAAUCAUGUAUGUGCAACGGAAUAUUUGAACUAUGAGGAUACCAAAUUCAGCAAAUCGAGAAAUACUGGUGUCUUUGGUGAUAAUGCACAAGAAACGGGCAUUGAAGCUGAUGUAUGGCGAUUUUAUUUGCUCUAUAUGCGGCCUGAGUCUCAGGAUACGUCAUUCUGCUGGGAGGAUUUCGCUCUUAAGGUAAAUUCGGAGUUGCUCGCCAAUUUGGGAAAUUUCAUUAAUCGAGCGCUUUCAUUCCUCAGCAACGCCUUUGGAGGUGUGGUUCCAGAAAUGUAUCUUAACGAUACCGACGUGGAGCUUUUAGCAGGAAUCCAGGUACGAGAAACCGUCAUUAAUGUUCACUUUCAAGGAGUUAUGUUUAUCAAAAUUAAGGAGGACUCAGUGGAGUGGGAUCAGUUAAUGGACGCCGUGCGCCAAAAGGAUGCCGUAAGGGCGGUCCUUUCUAUGUCGCGUCGUGGCAAUCAGUAUAUGCAAUCUCAGCAGCCGUGGGUGCUCAUGAAAGGAGAUGAAGAAGAGAAAAAACGCGCUGGUACUGUCAUCGGAGUUGCGGCUAAUAUUUCAUACCAUCUUGCUACAGUUUUACAUCCAAUUAUGCCAGAGGUCUCAGCUCGAAUAAGGUCUCAAUGUGCUCUGGAACGCUUGCCUGCCUUUUCUGCAUACCCGUUAUCAUAUCUCAAACCAGGGCAUAAAAUUGGGGUGCCAAAACCACUGUUCACGAAAAUGGAGAGUGCUAAGGUGGCUGAAUGGAAAGCGAAGUUUGGUGGCUCAAAGGCCGUUGAGGAGACGCAAAAGAAACGAAAAGAUAAGCCUAAGCAAGGUCCGAAAGCUGACGCCGGUGAUAAAGAUUCGAAAAAAUCAGAAAACACAGCAAAAUCAAAGAUGGCAUCGGCCGGAGCUUUCGCAUAUCCUCAUCUAGCCAGGAAUCAACAGCAGAUCAAGCAACUUCUGGAUGCUUCAUACAAGAAAUUCGCUCAAGCACGCGACUUGUUUGUAAAGCAAAAAGGAGCUGAGCUGGCAGCUAACAUUUCGAAACUUGAAAAGGAAGUGGAAGCAGUCAAACGUCAAUUGGUCGAAGCUGAAACAGCGGCAGGAAUCAAACAAGUUGCGGUGCCACAGAUCGCAAAGGCUGUGGAGAAAACUGAGUCUGUCACAGUUGCUCCUGUGACGACUUCAAAAAGCGAAAGUUCUGAAAAGCCGUCCAAAAAGGAAAAAUCCGCGGGAGAGAAGAAGCAAGCCGUUGCUAGUGGUAGCAAGAAAAAUGAGAAUGCAGCUGCUGAUGAUCAGGUUGACGUGGGACGCCUCGACCUUCGAGUUGGUCGUAUUUUGCAAUGCGAAAAACAUCCAGAUGCAGACGCGUUAUACGUCGAGCAGAUUGACGUUGGGGAACCGGCGCCACGGACAGUCGUAUCGGGGCUCGUUCGGCAUGUCCCGCUUAACGAGGCUAGUUGCUCUGCCCCCAACGAUUGUAAGCUUAAGAUGCAAAACCGUCUUGUGGUGGUGUUGUGUAACCUGAAGCCGGCGAAAAUGCGUGGAAUUGAGUCUCGAGCCAUGGUGAUGUGCGCGUCAUCUCCAGAAAAGAUUUGGGAGACCGUAGCGGAGGACUUGAAAGUUAGUGCAGACGGAUAUGCCGUUUGGAAGGAUUGCCCACUUUUGUGCGCUAAUCCACGCAUAUUUGAGGACAGUAUGCCGAAAAAGAAAGGAUCGAAGCAGUUGGGGUUAGAAGAUGAGAGAUUCACCCAUCUUCGAUCUGAUCCGAAGUUCUCAGGACUCAGCAAUAGGGAAAAGAAGGUCACCAUCGGCAAGCGGUUCGCUGCUGCAUUGACUGAUCAAAGAUUCUCCUCCAAAGCCCGAGUGGAUAAGAGAGGCCGACCUCUAAGGAACAAGGGAGUACACUGUGACUUGUAUGAGUUGAAGGAGAGUGAUGAGGAUAAUAAAGAUUGUCACGCCGAAGAAAAAAAAGUGGAGAAAGCUCUCAUGACGAGGGUGAGGAACAAGUGCAUGUUGGAAAGUGAAGAGGAGGAUGAUGAUGAUGACCGACCCAUCAAGCUAGAUCUUGCUCGUGGUGAAGGCAACGUCGAUUCCUCAUCUGACGAUGAUUCGGAUUCCGAAUGGGAGACCAACGAGGAUGUCCAGUUGGAAAUUGAUUUGGCUCAUCUGGACCAGGAUGCCGAACAAGUGGAGUGGUCUUCGAGUCGAAUUGCUGCGUGCAAUUUAGACUGGAACCUCGUCCAUUGUGAAGACUUGAUGGUGAUAGCAAAAUCAUUCACACCUCCAGGUGGCUCGAUACGAAGGAUCGCCAUCUAUUUGUCGGACUUUGGUGCAGAGCGACUUGCUGAAGAGGACAAAUAUGGGCCAAGGUUGCAACUCAGCAAACCUAUAGAGGAGUACGAUGGCGAAGAGAUGGACGAAGAAACGAAGUUGGCAAUGCGGAAGUAUCAAGUGGAUCAAUUACGGUAUUAUUAUGCCGUAAUUGAAUGCGAUUCUGUAAAGACAGCCGAGGCAAUCUAUAACGAGUGUGACGGUUACCAGUUUGAGUCGAGUAAUGUCAAAAUGGAUCUACGGUUCAUACCAGAUGACAUGGAGUUUGAUAAAGAUCGGAUCAAAGAGGAGCUGUGUGAAGGCGAUGUUAACGUCGCUAAGUAUAAGUCAAAAGAAAAGCUUCAAUCGGCUAUCGCGCAAACGAGCGCUCGAAUCGGAUGGGAUGAGACAGAGGAGAUGCGUUCGAGGAAAUUUGCAGAAGCUUUCAAUGACGAUGACCAUAUUGUUGACAAGAAAAAGGAGAAUAGCGAUGAGGAGCCGGAUGAAAAAGAUGCUAUUCGGAAAAUAGAACCGAAGAAGAAAGAGAAGAACACCUACCAAGCGUAUUUGGAAAGGAAAAGGGCGAAGAAAGCUGAGCGCAAGCAAAAACUGCGUGAAAUGCGAGACAAGGAACGGGAAGCAGUGAGAGAAGUCGAGGGUCAAGCCAAGGCUAAGCAGAAGGAGAGUCGUGCUGCUUUGCGAGCCACAAAAGAGAAAGAGGACAAAGAUGGAGCUAUAGUAGAGGCUGUGGCAGGUGAUGAACGUUUCAAAGCGCUUUUCACGGACAGUGCUUAUGCCAUUGAGCAAAGUUCAAAGAACUACAAGGGCUCGAAAUUAAUAGAGAAGCAGGUUUCCGCCAAGCGAAAAGCUGUGGAGCAAUCUGCAAGACCAGACAAUACCAAUGCGAAAGAUCUUGUAUCAAAACUAAAGAGUAAGUCAGCAAAAUGGAAACGAUAG